AAAUAUCACGAUGUAUUGAAAACAUUGGCUAUAAAAAUGCGUUGGAUAAUCCAGAACGUUGGAUAAGUGAGUGUUGGAUAAGUGAGACUCUACUGUAUGUUUAUAUCCCAACAAAAGAUUCCCCCAGGUAAGUUGCAGCCAAGCUUUGAAGCUGCAAGGCUUUUCACUGCUAAUCAAGGCGAUCAGUUGCAGCAAUUCACACUUGCCUCAAAUAAAUAAGAGUACUUUCUCCUACCUUGGAUAUUCCGCAAAUAUAUAAACCCCACUUGCCUAGUUUCUCCAUGCCUCACAACCUCUGAGGAUGCCUGCCAUAGAUACAGGCGAAACGUCAGGAGAGAAUGCUUCUGGAACAUGGCCAUACAGGACGGAAAGCUCACAGCAACCCACUGUCUGUACUGUUUCCUGGUAAUAAACGGGCCAGUGGCGAGUACUCAAGAAUUGUAACCUUGUGCACACGAUUCAGACCUGGAGUACUGAAUGGACGGGGGCAGCAUUAACGGCCCUUUCCUACACGUGCUUGGGCCAUAGAACACGCUGUAUUCAGAGAGCGUCUUGCCUCGCUUCCUCUCUCCUUUGCUUCAGGGGCUAAACACAGAGGCCCCGCCCCCUGUAGAGGCGCGCCAAGCCCCGCCCCCUUGCCAGGCUCCGGCCACGCCCCGACAGGUGUGUUUUCUGGCGCAUGCGCUUUGCGUGUCCCUUUGGCCGAGAUGGCGAUGCCUAGCUCCUGGGGCCACGUUUGUCUCCGGUGGCUGCGACGCGGAUGCUGGGUCCUGGCGUACCUCGGGGCUCUAGGCGUGGCGGCUUUCUUGCUCCUCCUCUCCAGGCCUGGCACUAGUUUAUUUUCUUGGCACCCUUUCCUCAUGUCAAUAGCAUUUUGCCUCAGCCUGACUGAAGCCAUCCUGAUCUUUUCACCAGACAGCUCAUUAUUCCUCUUCUGCUGUUGCUUCCACAAAGUGCACACGCAACUGCAUUGGACUCUUCAGACGCUGGCGCUUGUGGCUGCAGCAUUGGGCUUGGCCUUCAUUGUCUCCAGCAAGAACCGGAGUGAACUCCCACACUUUGUCUCCUGGCACAGCAUUAUGGGUCUCCUGACCUUUGUGGCUGCAUGUGGGCAUAUCUUGUGUGGACUUUGCCUACGUUUUCCACACCUCCUGAGAAUGUCGUUUAUACCUACGCUCCGGCAGUACCACCUUAUUUGUGGACUGAUAGUUUACCUUCUUGCCACGUUCACUGUGGUGCUAGCCAUCUGUUCUGAUUGGUUUCAGGCUCAGAUUAAAGGACUUGUUUGGUAUUUAUCUGUGGGGCUGCCCUUCUGCCCAGCCUUGGUGAUUGUGAACCAGGUCGCAAGAACUCAUUUGCCAAAGAAGGGACAAUACGUCUAAAUCUCAGAAGGACCCUUGGGAAGCAAAAUUUCAUCCACUUUGUUUCCCCCUGAUUUAUUACAAUACUUUGUGAACCUCUGUGUCAUGUGCUUCUUUUGUUCUGUUCUGUGUUGUGUGUAUUGUUGUGCACAUGUGCAAAUGUGUGAUAUGUCUUGAUUUAGAAAAAUAUUCUCCUGUUUCAGUUUUUGUCUAGCAUGUGCUAAUUCUUGUUCAGAAUUCUCCAGUAUUCUGGAGAAAAAAACAUUGUUUUUCAGCUCAUCAAUCAACAGAGAUGCUGAGGAAGUCCUGUAAUGCUUUCCUGAUGCAGAAAACUAGAUUACAUUUUCUGGUUUUAACUUUUGCAGUAUAGAUUAUUCACAGAUUUGAUUAAUAUGUUCUUUCCAGAAAUCUCUACAUCCUAUAGCACAACUCUGUGGUCAACCUUUGGCAAAAGCUGACCAUAGAGUCAUGUUGAGAGACCUAGGAUUCCAUGAAAGGUUUUGUCUAAUAUUUUUUAAAAGUGUUGUUUUUUUUUAAUGUGGUGUUUGUUUGUUUUUUUCACUUUUAUUGUCUUGGGCAUGUAAAAAUACAUUUUUAAAAAGGUUUUAAAGAUUUUUCGCUGAACCCUUACAAUUUCUUGUGGAAUCCUCUGUUUACACAGAACACAGUUUGGGAACUGCUACUCUAUAGUAGUCGUCCUUUGUGUCAUCUAAAGGUGUUAAAUCAGACACAGGCAAACUUUGGCCCUCCAGGUAUUUUGGACUUCAACUCCCACAAUUCCUAACAACCGGUAAACUGACUUGAAUUUCUGGGAGUUAAAAUCCAAAUCCAAAGUUUGCUCAUGUCUGUGUUAAACUGUAGCUUGUAGAUUACCCCAACUAGCUCUUCAGAUCUACCAUGUCCUCUGCUCUGUAUGUUCAUAACCAUACAAUCAAAUAACCCUCUAAUAUCUUCAGCAAAGCUGGGCCUUUCUCCAUGUGGGGUUUAUUCCUGACAUCCUGUCAGUCAACAUUUCUUCUAUUUUCUCCCUCUCUUCCCCACUAGCAUUAUAUAUGCUGUUCACUCAUCCUUCAGUCAACAGGGAUUUUUUGUGGAAAAUGUCAAUAAAGAAGGAUUUUAUAUGUUCUUGUUAGAAAACACUAAGCCAUUAUAACAAUGAGAUGUAGCAGUGAGUGGCAAGCAAAGGUUCAAUCUGUGAACGGAGGGUGGAGAAUUUCUAAGAGGCCUCUGUGUAACCCAGUCAUAUUUUCCCAAGGUUCUUAUAGAAACAAUGAAGUCUGUGCAGAGACACAAAAGGAUAGCAGUCAGGUACAGUGGCAUUGUGCCUUGGUCCCAGCAACUGGUGAGAGCCCCCCCCCCCCCAUCCCAAUACCAGAGGCUGUGUAUAGGGCAGCAAGAAUUUUCUGGACUCAAUCUCCUCCCUCACUCCUAUUCCCUUCCUUUGUGUUUUUGUCUUUUUAAAUUGUAAGUGGGAUAGCAGGAAACCGAGUGCUUUUUUGACUGAAGUACAAAAGUGCAAAUAAAAGAAAGAAACACACGAGCAAGCAGCUGGCUAUAAAAUGUUAUUGUAAUAUGCUUCAGAAUAUACACUUACUUUCAGACUGUUGGGAUUCACAGUGUGAAGAAAACAUAUGGAUUGUUUGUCAAGGGCAUUUCAGGGAAACCUCCUGAAGUUUAAGAGAGAGAAGGUUUGAUGACAUCAAAGACAGCAAGAUCACAGCAACCUUUCUGACAAGUGAUGCACGUUUUGAAGUGGGAGAGAGAUCUACUUGCUGGGGCGCAGGAGUGGGCUGAUUAUCAACGGGAAGCAGGGAAUAAAUAAGGAAGAAUCUCAGGCAGUCACGUUUCAUGGGAAGUGGUUGUUCCAACCCCUUUUCCUCAAUGACUGUUUAAAAGUAUUGGGGAAAACUUCCUAAUGGUAAGAGCCAUUUGAUGGUGGAAUAUAUUGCCUUGGAGUGUGGUGGAGGCUUCUUUUUUUUUUUUUUGGAAGUUUAUAAGCAGAAGCUGUAUGGCCAUCUGUCAGGGGUGCUUUAUUUGUGCAUUUCUGCAGGCAGAAUGAAGUUAGAUUUAAUAGGUUUUUGUGGCCUCUUCCAAGCCUAUGAUUCUGCUUUCUAAACAGCACUAUUGGUACUCUCAUGAGGAUAUACAGUGUACAAAGCUUGAAAAGGUUACUGUUUGAAUGACAACUCCCAGAAGCCCCUAGCCAGCACAGAAUGGACAUACUGAGCUGGCAUACUGAAAGAUAUAGUCCAAAAGAAUAAUUUAUCCAAAUUUAGACAGAACACAUAAAUGCCAGUAAUAUCUAGUUUCAAUAAGAUGGCAUCACUAGUAUCAUGCUAACCUGGCAUGGGAACUAAAUGGCCAGUUUCUAUUGACCCAAAGCAAUCAACCUAUUUUGAGGAUAUUCUUAACAGGAAAAACUGAUAGCAAGAGAGGGCAGAUCUCCUCAGCCACUCCCAGUUUUUGUGGUUGUAUGUAACAAGAAACCAAAAGAACACUAUAAUUUGAGUCAGACUAAGGAUGAAAGAACAGGGUUUUUUUUACUCUGUAGGGCUAACAUAUUGAGGUGGUUGCUGUUUCCCUGGAGAUAAUGAGUUGUGGGAGCAGCAGCCUAGUGUGAGCUGUCAGAGUGUUUAAGCUAUGCCUCCACCAAUUCUCCACCUGCAGAUUUGUAAAUGAAUGCAAAUAAAUGCCAAGAAUCCUCAGGUAAUCUCCUUCCAAAGAAAUGCAAGGCUGGAACUUCUCACUGUCUGGAGUAAAGGGAGCCACUUAACAGUACAACUGUGGAUGAGGUGCCAUCCAAAUGAAAUUUGAAGAAUGUGAAGCAAGGAUUGUUUCCUGUUUCAAACACGCUAAUACUGACCCCUUUUUUAAAAACUGCUUAUUUGUAUGACAAUUUAAAAAGAGGAGUGCCUCUGCUAAUGUCAGUCUCCAUCUCGUAGGGUGAAGAUGUUGAAAGAAAAUGUAGGCGAUGAAUCCAUAUAGAUGGUGUCUAUGUCUAUAUCUUAAAUUGCAUAUCAUAGUAGGCAUCCAGUAUUACACAUGGGUUCUAAACUCUAUGUUCAGCUAUCCCAGAUUUGUACUUUAGUGAUGCACUGCCACUAUUUGGCAGAGAAGGCUAAAGACCUUGUAAAGCUCUAAUUCCUGUGAUCCCAUAGCAUUGGGCCAUGGUAGUUAAAGUGGCAUAGAAUUGCAUUAAUUCUACAGUGUAAACAACUCCAAGUCAAGCAGAGUGCUUCAGAAUGACAUAGCCAGCCCCUUCCCAUCCCAGAACUGUGGUAUAACAAAGAGUUGCUCAUUGGACUUUAAAAUGGGUGUUAGGGUUCUGUUCCUUAGGUUAGGCUCUCAGUCCCUUUUAAAUAUACUACGCACUAGUUGUGUUCUGACUAGGUAGUCGCCAGCCUUAAACUCCCAUCUCUUGGUAUACCUUUAGACAGAGGAGGUUCUACCACCAGGCAAACUAGGCAUUUGCCUGUGGCGCCAUGUUGUUGGGGGCGCCAUCGAGGCAACUCCUGUCUCCUGCGGCAGACAGGAGCCUAGGAAGACAAUAUGGUUUUUGGGAAGCCUGUGAAGUAAGUAUUGCUUAUCUUACCUAACUUGGGUGAAUUAAUUUAAUGCAUACACACUUAUUUAAUUGAAUGUUCAUUUUCUACUGUUACUUUUUAAUUUAUGGAGCUUGUUUUAAUUCAUAGGUGAGCCACUUUUGGCCCCAUUUAUGAGAAAGGAGGGAAAUUGUUAAAUAAGUCCUAGUACCUUCAUUUAUAAGUAGAUUUUCCCAAGGAUUAAAGUUUUAACACCUGUAUGCAACUAUUUAGUUUAGCAGAGAUAUAGAAUCUACACUUUCUAAUGGAUGUGCAAGGCAGAGAUGGCAGUAAUGAAUGUCCAGCACUUCUGGAAAAUGUCAGUUUGAGAAAAUCUGACAUACAUUGUUAGAAAUAAUUGUACUGAUUCAGACUACUGGGUCAUCCAACUCAGCCUCCUCCUCCUCCUCUGUAGGAAGUCUAGGAAGCAAGGCAAGUUGGGCUUCCUCCCUGGGGGCAUCCUUGGUUGGGGGGUGUUAGUUGGCCCUGAUUGCUUCCUGUCUGGAUUUCCCGUUUUCAGAGUGUUGUUUAUUUAGGCUUUUCCUUAAUCCCUCCUUAUUAUCCAACAUUUUUGCUUAUCCAACACUUUUAUUUUUCGGUGAUUUUUUUCCGGGGGGGGGGGCAAAAUUUAUGUUCGCCUACACUUGAAAAUUACCUUGGACCAGCUCUGUUUUUAGACCAGUGGUUCUCAACCUGUGGGUCCCCAGAUGUUUUGGCCUUCAGCUCCCAGAAAUCCUAACAGCUGGUAAACUGACUGGAAUUUCUGGGAGUUGUAGGCCAAAACACCUGGGAACCCAUAGGUUGAGAACCACUGCUUUAGACAAAUUUCAGGUACAAGACAAUAUAGUAAUACCUGCUGUCAAAGGGCAAGCUCUAUUUCCUUUUACUUGGAGGACAGUUUGGAAAGUCAGUCUUUUUUUAAAUUCACAGUAGAUGCCUGCUCAGUUUGCAUAAAGCUCUCAGUCAAAAAGGAUAAAUUAGGUCUUAAUACUUUUAACUGAAAGUUAUUAUCCCAUUCAUAUGGAGAUGACUAUAAAGCCCUUAUAAUACCUGCCUGUGUGCUCAGGGGAUUUCAGUGUCAGAUUCAGGAAAGAAUAUGCAAUUAGCUUGGCACUUUGAAUCGUUAGAAUGCCCUUGAUGUUGCCAGGGUUUGGGCCACUCAGAAGAAAGAGGAAGAGGGCUGCAGAUCUUUCCUAAAUACUCAGAUUCCCCAUAUUGCCUUAUCUACCCUAUAACUGCUGGCAGGGGGGAUUAAGUAAACUAUUGUCCAAAAAGGAACUUUUCAAAAAUCUGUCCAGGUUGCAUUGUAGUCCUCACCAACAUUUGAAAAAUAAAUCUGAUUUAAAAAAAGCCAGCAAAUGUUUAAAAUGUGUUUAAAAUUAAUGAAUUUGUCUUAGUGGCUAACUUGCUACCUCCCCUUUUUUUGAGGUGAGGCUAUCAUCAUCAUCAUCAUCAUCAGCAUCACCAUCACCAUCAUCAUCUAUACCCCACUUUAUCUCCCCUGAAGGGGACUCAAAGCGGCUUAACAUAAAAGCAUCAGCAUGACCAUUUAAAAAUUACAAAUAUAUGAACAUUAAAACAAUUAAAUAUAAAUAUAAACCACAGCACCCCCUGAAUUGAUCUUAAAUACCUUCAUCUUUAAAAGCCUGCCUGAAUAAAAAAGGUUUUAGCCUGCUGCCAGAAGGACAACAGGGAGAGGGCCAUUUUGGCUUCUCUAGGCAGGAAGUUUCAGUCGAGGGGCAGCUACCGAGAAGGAAGGCCCUUUCUCUCAUUCCCACCAACUGAGCUUGAGAUGGAGGUGGGACCGAGAGAAGGGCCUCUCCUGAAGACCUGGGCAUGUUUAGCCUGAAGAAGAGAAGGCUGAGAGGAAACAUGAUAGCCAUGUAUAAAUAUGUGAGGGGAAGUAAUAGGAGCAAGCUUGUUUUCUACUGCCCUGGAGACUAGGAUGGAACAAUGGCUUCAAACUACAGGAAAGCAGACUCCACCUGAACAUUAGGAAGAACUUCCUAAUUGUGAGAGCUGUUCAGCAGUGGAACUCUCUGCCCUGGACUGUGGUGGAGGCUCCUUCUUUGGAGGAUUUUAAGCAGAGGCUGAAUGGCCAUUUGUUGGGGGUGCUUUGAAUGCGAUUUCCUGCUUCUUGGCAGGGGGUUGGACUGGAUGGCCCAUGAGUUCUCGUCCAACUCUACUAUUCUAUGAUUCAGGAUCCAGGCCAGUUCAUAUAAGUUAGGGCUUUAAAGGUCAUAACCAGCACUUUGAAUUGUGCCCGGUAAGAGACUGGCAGUUUGCUGAACACUGGGCCACUUGUUGGGAUUUUUUUCCCAUUCACUUAAUGUACAGUAUCUCUGUCUCUUUAAGAUAACCAUUUUUUGGGAUCUUUUUGAAUUAGACUUUGGAGCUUAACCUGUUCUUAGCAAAGACAAUGGCCCAAAUCCUGUUGUUAGUUCUAGCUAGAAUAGAUCCACUGAAUCAAUACAAUUUACUUAAGUGUGAUUUCAGUGGAUCUACUGUAGUUGGGAUUAUCCAAUAGGAUUCAGAUCUAUCAAAAUGAUGUGUACAUACCUUAAGGCCCAGGUGUUGGCGGUGGCCAGGAAGGCCUUCGCACAGUUAAAACUCAUGUGCCAGCUGCACCCAUACCUUGAGAAGCCUGAUCUGGCCAUGGUAAUACAUACCUUAGUCACAUUCAGGCUAGAUUACUGUAAGGCACUCUAUGUGAGGCUGCCCCAAAAGACCAUUUGGAAACUUCAGCUGGUUCAAAGGUCAGCUGCUAGACUGCUCAUGGGAGCGGGAUAUAGAGAAAGAACUACUCUACUCCUGAAGCAGCUGCACUGGCUUCCGGUUUUUUUCCAGGCGCAAUUCAAGGUGCUGGCUUUAACCUACAAAGCCCUAUAUGGUUCAGGCCCAGCCUACUUGAAGGACCGUAUCUCCUUUUACCCUGAGACCCUCAGGAGAGGCUCUUCUCUUGGUCCCACCACCAUUGCAGGCAUGUUUGGUGGGAACGAGAGAGAGGGCCUUUUCGGUGGUGGCUCCACGGCUCUGGAACUCCCUCCCUAAUGAUGUACAAUCAUCCCCCUCCUUAAUGGCCUUUCGUUCGCAAAUUAAACCUUUCUGUGCAGCCUAGCCUUCCCAGACAAAUGAAAUCAGGCACUGCCAGUAGGUUAAACCACAGAGGAAGGCAAUGACAAAUGACCCCCAAAAAUCCUAUGAUAGAUUUGUCUUUAGUUUUGCCAUAAUUCAGAAAUGUCUUGAAGGUACACAACACCAACAGCUGUGCAAACAUCUGACGUGCAUACCUGUAUUCAUAUUUAUAGACAGUUACAUUUGGGAAAGCAUGGCGAAUGAUAUAGCGAGGAUACAGCUCAAGGAGAAAUUGCAAGGAAGGGACAAUUCUACCUAAGUUCUGUGAAACUCAUUUUGAUAUAGGAAUUAUGCUUGGCUACAGCAGUGUUACCUGAGGGUAAGUCUGGCUUUUAAAGCUUAAAAUCCCCUUGUAGGAAAGGGGUUUGCAGAAUGAAGGAUGAAAAGUGAAGAUUUGUGUCUAUUCUGCAAACAACCUCCUAAGCAGUGGAUUUACUAAAAGGGUGGGAAUCAUAUAAUACUUCACAUCUUGUAGGUCCCAGUAGUCCUGGCCAGCAUAGACAGUAGUAUGGAAUGCUAGAUUUAGUUUGGAGGGAUUUCCAGUACUUUUCCACUGGAAACACACUUUCCUCCUCUCCCUCAUUUUAAAAUUCUGUAUGUAAAAAUAAAUCAAUUUCAUAUUCUCA